AUGAAACGCCAUACAAACCUCGAAGGCUUACGAUCUGCGGCGGCAGCCUUUCUCUUUCUUCAGGGUGCCAAUGCCGACAAAGUGUAUUGUGCCGACGUACAAGAGAAAGUAGUAGCUGAAGCCAACUGCGACGGUCAGGCACCACCUAGAACGUACUACAUGUUCAACAGUCAAGAAGAACACGCUAUCGGCUCAAGAGUCGACUUAAAGAACGCACAAGUCUACGACAGCACCGACGCCUUCAAAAAGCGGCACGAACUAUUUCCGGCUGAUAUCCCAUUACAAGAAUUCGAGUCUGACGGUUUUGGGAAACGCGCGUGUCGAGUGGGUGGGAUUGGUGGAGGCUACCGCGGGGGUGUUUUCGUGCCCUACUACGGCGGACGGGUAAUUGGUGGUGGGGUUGGUGGUUGA